GGAGGGAGUAGUAAUUUUAAAACAACUGUUGCGUUUACACUGGCACCUCUCAUCCUCAUUUCCUUAUCACAAAAAUGACACUGUUGUGAGCAGUUACGUCGUCGUUUUAUAAACCAAAUGUUACUGUAAAGUGGAGAAGCUGCCACGUGUCACUAAUAACUCCGUCGGUGAACCGGUGACUCGGUGUUUAUUUAUUUUAUUAUUCUAAAUACACAAACCGCUGGUUCAGAAAUCGGCGAAUUUGGAAAGAUGUUCUCGAAGAUUCUAACAACAGCGUUGCGCCGCACUACACCUAAACCCUGCCAUGUCCAUCGCCGUCUUCGCCGUUUCUCCACGGCGGCAGCGGUAGUCGGAGAACAAUAUGAGGAGGACUCUACCGGAAUCACGAUGAAAGGUGUAAAAAUCUCCGGUAGACCUUUAUACCUAGAUAUGCAGGCGACUUCUCCGAUCGAUCCUAGGGUUCUCGACGCUAUGCUUCCUUACCAUAUCUCCCAAUUCGGGAAUCCACAUUCUAGAACUCACUUUUACGGGUGGGAAUCCGAUCAGGCUGUGGAGGCGGCCCGAGCUCAAGUUGCCGCCCUGGUUCAAGCUUCUCCGAAAGAGAUAAUUUUCACCUCAGGUGCUACAGAAUCGAAUAAUAUCUCGGUUAAGGGAGUUUUGCAUUUUUAUAGAGAUAAGAAGCGACAUGUUAUUACUACUCAAACGGAGCAUAAAUGUGUUUUGGAUUCUUGUCGUCAUUUACAGCAAGAGGGAUUUGAUGUAACUUACCUUCCCGUUGAGUCUGAUGGACUUGUUGACCUAGAAAAGCUUCGGGCUGCGAUACGGCCUGAUACGGGGUUAGUGUCAAUUAUGAUGGUGAAUAAUGAAAUUGGUGUGAUUCAGCCUAUGGAGGAAAUUGGAAAAAUUUGUAAGGAGUUUAAUGUUCCUUUCCAUACUGAUGCUGCACAAGCGUUGGGGAAGAUUCCUAUUGAUGUGGAGAAGAUGAACAUAAGUUUGAUGUCCUUAAGCGGGCAUAAAAUUUAUGGGCCGAAAGGUGUUGGAGCUUUGUAUAUUAGGCGUAGGCCGAGGAUUAGGGUUGAACCUCAGAUGAAUGGGGGUGGACAAGAGAGAGGGAUUAGGAGUGGGACAGUACCGACUCCGUUAGUGGUAGGGUUUGGGGCAGCUUGUGAACUUGCAAUGAAGGAAAUGGAAUAUGAUGACAAGAGGAUUAAAGCUUUGCAGGAGAGGUUACUGAAUGGUAUAAGGUCUAAGAUCGAUGGAAUUGUUAUAAAUGGAAGUGUUGAAAGGCGAUAUGCUGGUAAUUUGAACUUAUCUUUUGCGUAUGUGGAAGGAGAGAGCUUGUUGAUGGGGCUGAAGGAGGUUGCAGUGUCAAGUGGAAGUGCGUGCACCAGUGCAAGUUUGGAGCCAUCCUAUGUGUUGAGGGCGUUGGGAGUUGAAGAAGAUAUGGCCCAUACAUCAAUUCGAUAUGGAAUUGGGAGGUUUACUACUGAGCAAGAGAUUGAUCGUGCGGUUGAUCUUACAGUUAACCAGGUUGAGAAAUUGAGGGAAAUGAGCCCACUCUAUGAAAUGGUUAAAGAGGGCAUUGAUAUAAAGAGUAUACAGUGGUCACAGCAUUAGAUUGAUUGCCAAAUGAUUGGCAUUGAGAUGAUAACUGCCACUACAUGAGCAUGUGGAAUGAAGUUGAUCGUCCAGGUUCUUGUUCAGAAUAUUUUAUGCAUGUUCUUGAGCUUAGAGGCUAUUUUAAUGAGUUAAGUUUCUGUAAUAAGACAUACUGUCGUCGACUGUAAUUUGACACUAUAGUUGUGUAUGAUAUAGAUGUUGAGUUGCUUUAGUGACACGAAGGAUGUAGCAUCUAUUUUGGUAAAAAUGAUGGGUGUUUCUCCCUUGCA